UUAUAUUAUUCAUAUAAAAAGGUCUUGGGAGAUGACAAAUUUCGUCAGUGACAUUCGGGCAACAUCUUCGUUCCCAGUAUCAAUAUGAGGCAGUUUUUGGUCAUCGCAGCAUGUCUGACUUUGUUGGUCGUUGUUCAAGCCCAAGGUUAUGGUACGCCAAUCUGCUACGUACGGGACGAAGGUUUGUUCAAGAUCAAUCCCUCAGAUUGUACGAUAUUUUAUCGUUGCUCUGGGUACAAGGCUCACCGAUUCACUUGUCCCUCUGGGUUGUACUUUAACCCAAAAAACAACGUUUGUGAUUGGCCUUACAAUGUGAAUUGCGGAUCUCACGGAUAUCGAGGAUCCCAACCAUCCCAAGGAUCACACUCGUCCCAGGCAUCACAAUCAUCGCAAGGCUCACAAGGCUCGCAGGGAUCUCCAGGACCUUUUGGAGCUUUCGGAUUCGGAUCUUUUGCAACAACCCCUUCUGGAUCCAAGCGCUUUUAAACUUUGAGCCACUGUGAAAUUAAUCGAACUGUUUUUGUACUUGUACCCAUCCCAUCAGCAAAAUUUACUAUUUAUUCGUAAAUAAGAGCAAAGAUAUAAACGGCAAAUCA